AUGGGAAGCCUUGAGCUUGUGUUGGUUUCUUCCGCAGAGAUCCGAGAGGCCUUCAAAGUGUUUGAUCGGGACGGGAACGGGUUUAUCUCAAAGCAGGAGCUGGGGAUGGCCAUGCGCUCCUUGGGCUACAUGCCAAAUGAGGUGGAGCUGGAAGUCAUCAUCCAGAGAUUGGACAUGGACGGUGACGGCCAGGUGGACUUUGAGGAGUUUGUUACGCUUUUGGGUCCAAAGCUGACGGCCUCCGGGAUGCCAGACAAGUUUAAUGGCACUGACUUUGACUCAGUAUUUUGGAAGUGCGACAUGCAGAAGCUGACAGUUGAGGAGCUGAAGAGGCUUCUGUAUGACACCUUCUGUGAUCAUCUUUCCAUGAAAGACAUCGAGAAUAUCAUUAUGACUGAGGAGAAUCACAUAGAGAACCCAGAGGACUGCCAAGUGGAUAUAGACAGCUCCAGCCCAACGCAACAAGUCAAGCAAACCUGUGUGCGCAAGAGCCUGAUCUGCGCCUUUGCCAUUGCAUUCAUCAUUAGUGUCAUGCUAAUUGCCGCCAAUCAGGUGCUGCGAAGCGGCAUGAAAUAG